AUGGCGGACAUCAGCUGGGGCGUCCAGCAGGACGACAGCCAGGCUGAGAAUCUAGCGGAUCUGUACGCGAUCAUCAAGACGACCGAAAAGCUCGAGCAGGCGUACAUCAGGGACCUGAUAGGCUCGGACACGUACGAGCAGCAGUGCCUGAAGCUCAUCGGCCAGUUCAAGACCCUGUGGAGCACGCUCCAGGGCGCCGUGCCUGACGUACGCGCCUUCAUGCACCGCUACGGGCUCGAGGCCCCUCUCGCCGUCACACGCCUCGUCCAGUCAGGAGUCCCGGCCACGCUCGAGCACGGGCGGCCGCAGAAGACCGCGGCGCCCACCGGCGCCCAGGUGGCCGAUGCAGUGCAGAACCUCAUCACCCUCAAGGACGCCCUAGCGAUGGGACUCAAGGCGGUGGACCAGGUCUUUCCGGAGAUGCAGGCUACGACGGAGUCGCUGGCGCGUGUGCGGCAGCUUCCGGCGUCCUCGUCGGUGCGUGAGCGCAUGGUGAGGUGGCUGAACAAGCUGCACCAGCUGCCGGCGAGCCACGAGCUCGGCGCGGAGGACCUGCGGCAGCUGGCGCACGAUGUGGAGGUGUCGUACCAGGAGUUCAUGCAGAUUCUGCGCGACGAGAGCGAGGGCGCGUGA